CAGCAGCUAGUUAGAGAGCAGUAACUGAGAGAGGGGCAAAGUGUUUCUCACAUUGAGCUUUCUACAUGUUCCUGGUUAUGUGAGGAUUCUCUCCAGGACGUGCUCCUCCUUUACAGACCGAAGAGAAACACUACCAGUCUGCAGAGAGCAGGUUGAUCUUAUUAUAACUACAGGAUGAUGGAUGGUGUUCGGGUGGUGGUGGUGGGUGCGGGGGUGGUGGGCUUCUCCACGGCCGUGUGCAUCGCGGAGAAUCUUCCCCACGUCUCCGUCACCCUGCUCGGGGAGAAGUUCAGCCCCGAGACCACGAGCGAUGGAGCCGCCGGCAUCCUGUUCGCCAACCACAACCCAGAUGUCCCAGUGGAGCAGCAGAGGCGCUGGUUCAAGUCCAGCUUCGACCACCUGCGGCUCAUCGCUCAGUCUGAAGACGCUCCGGAGGCCGGCGUCAUGCUCAGCUCCGGCUGGCAGAUCUUCCGGGACGUUCCUGAAGAUAAAACUCCGUACUGGUCCGACCUGGUGCUCGGGUUCAGGAUCAUGACGGAGCGAGAGCUGGUUCGAUUCCCGGAGCAUCGGUUCGGACAGGCGUUCACCACCAUCAAGUGUGAGUGCAGCCGCUACCUGCCCUGGCUGGAGAAGAGGUUCAGGCGUGCGGGGGGGCAGGUGGAGCAGCGCCGGGUUGAUAACCUCCAGGAUCUCAGCGGUAGUUUUGACGUCAUCGUAAACUGCUCGGGCCUGGGAUCGCGCUCGCUGGCCGGAGACGUCUCCGUGCAGCCGGUUCGAGGCCAGGUCCUGAAGAUGGAGGCUCCCUGGCUGCAGCACUUCAUCCGCGACGGGGACGGCCUCACGUACAUCUUCCCAGGGAUCCAGGGGGUCACUAUCGGAGGAACUCGGCAGGGGGGAGACUGGAACCUGCAGGUCGAUGAAAAUGACACUCGGGGCAUUUUGAAGCGCUGCAGCUCCCUGGAGCCCUCGCUGAAACGAGCCCGAAUACUGAGCUCCUGGGUGGGGCUGCGUCCCGACAGGAAGACCCCCCGCGUGGAGGUGGAGAGAGAGGUGGAGGUGAAGAAGGGGGGAAGGAGUGUUACUGUGGUGCAUAAUUACGGGCACGGGGGGGUCGGGGUCACCCUCGCCUGGGGGACAGCGAUGGAGGCGCUGGGGCUCGUGAAGAAGAGCCUCCAGGAGACGAAGAGAGAUAAAGCUAAGCUGUGAAGAGGGGCUAACUCACUGCCAGUAACGCCCUUCAAAUAUAAUUAGAGGGCAACUAAAUCAGCUGAUCACUAAAUCCUGCUUCUACAGCCAGUAACUCUCGCUCUAAAAUAAACUUAGUCUGCAAGGACUUUAAAUGAUUUUAGUGUGAAACUAAAUCUGAGUAACACUAGCCCUUAAACUGUUGGAUUUAAAUGACUGAUAGACAACGAAUCAAAACUGAAAUCUUUCAAAUGUGCCUUAAGUUUUUACAGGAGGUUUAAAUCUAAGACUCUGAGCCGGAAAGAAACAGCAUUAGAUCAUGUUUGGAAAAAACCCUUCCCGUGGUUAAAGCUUUAAAAAGACGACAGUCAUUAAAGCUUUGAAGAAACGUUCCUUCCUUUAAAGCAUGGGAAAUAUUUCUCUUAGUUUAAACUUAAAAAAUAUGUCCGUUAGUUAAAGUUUAAAAAACUGCCUUUUACUAAAUGUUGGAAAGAGCCGGCCCUUAGUUAAAGCAUGGGUAAAAACAACCCUUAACUUAAGCUUUGAACAAAAGGACCGACAUUUAAAAUGCCUCUUAGUUUAAACUUGCUAAACCUGCCCUUUAAGUUUGGCCGACCCUUAGCUCACUUGCUAACUUUGCACAGAUCCUGGUUGAACUGUAGUAUCAUUACUGUCAUUCUAAGCAGAAACACAACAUCAAUACUGCAGUGUAACAUCACUGACUUCCUGUAAACAUGAAAACAAAUAUCCGCGUUUAAGCCGUUCUUAGUUUCCCCAAAAGUCCUGUACAUCUUUGAUCAAAUUACACACAUAUUUAAGCUUUUAUGAUCUUUUUUUAACAACUAAAGUCAUAUUUUUCACUCCGCCUCACACUCCGAAAGCGUUGUGUACAAAUGAAAUGUGUGUUAAUAUUAUUCUUGUGAGAUUAAUAAUGAUUACGGCUGUUUUUAAAUAAAAUGUCUUCUGUUUGGAGCAUUAAUCUACAUUUAUGAUGUGAAAGGAGACACUGUAUUUUUACAAUGUGUACAAAAAUAAACAUUUAUUAAUCAAAUGAAUAAA